GACUCACGGGACGUGUAGUACACCGCGCUGCCACUCCUGCACUUCCCCACCCCCACGACCGAACCAAGCUUCAAGAACGCCCUCCCAGCUAGCUCCCUCGGGCCUGACUUCCGGUUUCUCGCGCCGCCCUGGCGCUGAGCCCGCGGACAGCGGUAGCCCCUUUUCCGGCUGAGAGCUGAUCCACCCUUUCAGUCAGUAGUUGCAGCGCUUCCCCUCCCUCCGGCCCUUGCUGGUCCCGACGACGGGCCGGGGUCUCGCGCGCGUAUUGCUGGGUAACGGGCCUUCUCCCGCGUCUGCCGGGCUCCUCCUGUCUCCUCUCGCCCGUCCUUCCAGAACGUCCAGGGCUCCUGCCGAGUCAGAAGACAUGGGAUUCCCUCCGCGGCGCACCCCGAGCAGCUCCCUUCGCUGUGGAAGCGGCGGUGUCUUCGAAGAAACCGGAAGCCCGUGGUGACCCCUGGCGACCCGGUUUGUUUUCGGUCCGUUUCCAAACACUAAGGAAUCGAAACUCGGCGGCCUUGGGGGCGGCCCUACGUAGCCUGGCUUCUGGGUUUCAGAGUCAGAGUUUGAUUUGAAUCCUACUCUACUCACUCUUCAUUCAGCAAUUAAUAUUUAUUGAGCAACUUCUACACAGUGCUGUCAUGGAUGCAUUGGUAGAAGAUGAUAUCUGCAUUCUGAAUCAUGAAAAAGCCCAUAAGAGAGAUGCAGUGGCUCCAGUUUCGAUAUAUUCAGGAGAUGAAUCUGUUGCUUCUCAUUUUGCUCUUGUCACUGCAUAUGAAGACAUCAAAAAACGACUUAAGGAUUCAGAGAAAGAGAACUCUUUGUUAAAGAAAAGAAUAAGGUUUUUGGAAGAAAAGCUAAUAGCUCGAUUUGAUGAAGAAACAAGUUCUGUGGGACGAGAACAAGUAAAUAAGGCCUAUCAUGCAUAUCGAGAGGUUUGCAUUGAUAGAGAUAAUUUGAAGAGCAAACUGGACAAAAUGAAUAAAGACAACUCUGAAUCUUUGAAAGUAUUGAAUGAACAGCUACAAUCUAAAGAAGUAGAACUCCUCCAGCUGAGGACAGAGGUGGAAACUCAGCAGGUGAUGAGGAAUUUAAAUCCACCUUCAUCAAACUGGGAGGUGGAAAAGUUGAGCUGUGACCUGAAGAUCCAUGGUUUAGAACAAGAGUUGGAACUGAUGAAGAAAGAAUGUAGCGAUCUCAAAGUAGAACUACAGAAAGCCAAACAAACGGAUCCACAUCAGGAAGACAAUCUGAAGAGCAGAGAUCUCCAAAAACUAAGCAUUUCAAGUGAUAAUAUGCAGCAUGCAUACUGGGAACUGAAGAGAGAAAUGUCUAAUUUACAUCUGGUGACUCAAGUACAAGCUGAGCUACUAAGAAAACUGAAAACCCCAACUGCAAUCAAGAAAGCCUGUGCCCCUGUAGGAUGCAGUGACGAUCUUGGAAAAGACAGCACAAAACUGCACUUGAUGAAUUUUACUGCAACAUACACAAGACAUCCCCCUCUCUCACCAAAUGGCAAAGCUCUUUGUCAUACUGCAUCUUCCCCUUUACUAGGAGAUAUAAAGAUUUUAUCAGAGAAAGCAAUCCUCCAGUCAUGGACAGAUAAUGAGAGAUCCAUUCCUAAUGAUGGUACGUGCUUUCAGGAACACAGUUCUUAUGGCAGAAAUUCUCUGGAAGACAAUUCCUGGGUAUUUCCAAGCCCUCCUAAAUCAAGUGAGACAGCAUUUGGAGAAACUAAAAGUAAAACUUUGCCUUUAUCCAACCUUCCACCACUGCAUUACCUGGAUCAACAUAAUCAAAACUGCCUUUAUAAGAAUUAAUUUGGAAGAGAUUCAUGAUUUGACCAUGAGGACACUUAUCUCUUUCAGUGGUUCUCCCACUAUUUAAGGAACUGAAAGGGGAUUUUGAUUAAAAUUUUGCAGAGUUCUUCAGUAUCUAUAUUUGAACAUAUUGUACAAGAU